AAUACGUCAAUAGUUCAUUAAAUUGAUAGAGAGAAACAAAUGGAUUUAAUUUGGUUUAUUUAAUUCAAUUUGAUUAGUUGCAUUUGGGAUCUCAUACAGAAAAUAAGUGACGAUGUUGCAAGGACUUAAGAACCGAGGAUACCUGCUAGGAGCAGUUAUGUCCUGUAAUUUAGCAGCAUUCACCGUUGGAUUGAUCUUAACAUGGACAUCUCCUGUGUUACCGAAAAUGAACAACAGUACAGGUACCUUGGAUGAAAAUCCUUUCGAUAGACCCAUUACCACCGAAGAGCAAUCCUGGAUAGCAUCUCUUUUAUCCUGUGGAGCCAUAACUGGACCAUUCGUUGCAGGAUUCCUCGUAGAUAGAAUUGGACGUAAAUGGACUCUAGUUUACGCAUCUGGAAUUCCCCUAACAACGUCAUUUCUAAUGUUAGCAUUCGCUAAAACCACAGUUCUCUAUUACGUGGCGAGGUUCAUCGGAGGUAUGGGUAUGGGUGUAGUUUUCACUGCAUUGCCCAUGUACGUAGGAGAAAUAUCUGAAACACCAAUAAGAGGAAUUUUGACGUCGUUUAUCAAUAUUUUUAUGGUUAGUGGAGAACUGGUAUCAUACGCGUUGGGACCCUUCAUACCAGUUAUGUGGUUCACCAUUAUUUGCGCUAUAUUUCCAGCUGCCUUCGUGAUUUUGUUCUCGUUCUUCCCGGACAGCCCUCACUAUUUUAUUUCAAAAAACAAUAUUCCUGCUGCUGAAUCGUCCCUUGCAAAACUUAGGGGUACAACCGUAGGGGGAAUUGAAAAAGAAUUUGCUAUAAUUAAGGAAAAUGUCGAAAACGACAUGAAAAGUAGAGGCACAAUAAUUGACGUGUUAAAAAGCCGUGGUUUGAGAAAGGGCUUGUUGAUAUGUUUGGGUCUAGUAACCUUCGUCCAAUUCUCCGGUUUCCCAAUCGUCUUAACAUACGCGUCUGAUGUUUUUAAUGCUUCUGGAGGUUCAAUUAAUUCCGACAUUUCUUCCCUUAUAGUUGGAGUAGUCCAAUUUGUUGUAGGUUUAACGGUUCCUCUUUUGGUGGAACGACUGGGAAGGAAGACGUUGCUUUUGAUGUCAGCAAUAGGAAUGGUGAUAUCAAUAGUACCACUUGGGGUUUACUUCUAUUUAAAAGAAAAUGGCCACGACGUGAGCAGUAUUGGAUGGUUUCCUAUUGUUACUAUGAUUGCUUUUAUUAUUACAUACAACUUCGGGUUUGGCCCGUUACCCUGGACACUAAUGGGCGAGCUCUUCCCAGCUGAUGUGAAAGCUGCUUCUUCUACCAUAACGGCAUGUUACAGCUCGUUUAUGGCUUUCAUUGUGGUCAGAGUUUUCAGUAUUGUACAAAAUGCUGUUGGACUAGGUGUUACCUAUUGGAUUUUUUCGGCUUCCUGUCUCUCAGGGGCAUUUUUCACCCUUUUCUUUAUCGUAGAAACGAAAGGAAAAACGUUUUCCGAGAUUCAAGAAAUAUUAAGCCGAUAAAAUUGUUAUAGUUACUUCCGAAACUCAUACAGUAGUGAUAAAGCACGCGUUGGGAUGAAACAAUCCAAGUAAAUACAAAUAUUUACUCGAUACUUUCUUUUCGAUACCAAGUACUUUCGAUACCUAUUACUUUCGAUACCUAUAAGUAAUGAAUCAGUAUUCAAUUGAUCCAAGACAGUUUUUCUUCUGGGACUGUUUAUUUGCCACAUUUAUGAUUGCAUUUUUAAUUUUGUUGACAAACUUGAAUUUUCCAUUGCAUGUAUUUUAAUUUCAACCGAAUGUAACUAGCAGUUACUGUUUUGAAAAACUGUGAGAAAGUGGACCUUUUUCGUUAAAAUCGCAAGUAGCAAAGUAAAUUUGUAAGGGGUCAUUCAUAAAUUAUCUAAUGUAAAUUGAGUGUAGGGCCCAAUCCGGCGUCACGGUCCUGUUACGGGAGGAGGUUGCGGUCUAGGUUUGCGACGAUUGGGAUAUGACCUAGUAAUCCAGACAUCAUAGAAAUGAAUUUCCAUACUUUAAUGUUGCUUAGAAAUUGUAUUUGUUUAUCUAAAAGUAAAUUAUUAUCAUGAAUUCAAGCCUAAAACCUUUACAGUUCACGCGUUGCGUAACGGAAUUGAGAAGAGAAGUGCUGCCAGUGUUGGCAGACGUACUAUAAUUAUUGUACAUGUACUAUAAUUUAAUUUUUUGUACAAUCUACAAUGUUAGGUGUACAAUAAUUCCUAAAAGUACAAUAAUUUUGAAAAUCCAGAUAUUUUAUAAGUAUCCAAAAAAAUUUAAAUCACCCGCCAAUUUUUAUGUGUUCUGGAUUUCAAAUCGUGAAAAGAAAAGUUUAUUAUAAUAAUACACUGCAAUAAUUUCUAUGGGUGGUUAAUUUUUCCAUGUGGUAAUAUUGUAGGUAGGUUUAAAACAAAAUUAGUCAACUAUUACGAUAAUUACAAAAAGUACAGUAGUUUGUCUUAAAGUACAAUAAUUCUACGACCCUGGUACAAUAUUCUGUUCCACCCAUCUGCCAACACUGAUGCUGCCAAGCCAAGGGUUAGUACUGCGUCAAUUUUGUUACAUGGGAGGAGGGAGUUUGAUUAUUUUUUUUUCCCCAACUACAUUGUAAUAGUACGUUAGUUUUAUGCUUUAAUGUCACCGACUGUAAAAAAAAUAUCGAGUAGGUAUCGAUACAUUCUACCAGGUGAAAGCAUCACUACUCACAUGGUAUCGGUUUGUCCCUAGUAAUAAGGUCGUAGAUUUUCUACCCUAUGACGUAAUUGUCAUAAUACUAUCAGUAUUACACUAGAAAAGGAACAAAUAAGUUUAUUUUGAUACAGUUUUAUUAAAUGUGUCGAUAGAUUGAAAAAACCCAGUUUAUUAAAAUAAACAAAUACUUUCAAUAAAAAAUUUUAUGUUUAAUUAUGUAUUUAUCUAUUAAUAGGAGAGUAUUACGUUACUAUAUGCGGCUGCAUUCGUCCUAAUUUAAUUUACCAAAUAAGAAAAAUGUACAUUUAUUUUGUAUUAAACAAAUAAAUAAAUAUUAUUCA